AUGAAUAAACUGUUUAUAAGUCCUGAACAUGUCCUCCAAGGAGGAUACUUCCACGCUACUUUAAGAAAACUGCAGGAACCAAAUACGAGUAUUGAACCGCACAAUAUUAUGUAUCCUGUUUUUUUACUUCAAGAUGAUGAUGCUAUGCAAGCUGUAUCAAGUAUGCCAAAUGUCUAUAGAUAUGGAAUCAACAAACUAAUCCCAGCUUUAACUGAAUUGGUGGAAAGGGGUCUUAAAUCAAUACUUAUAUUUGGCAUUGUUGAAACUCUACCAAAGGAUCCCACAGGCUCUAGUGCAGACUGUCUGGAAAAUCCUGUUAUCAAAGCCCUGCCAAAGCUUAAAGCUGCCUUACCUGAUUUAUUACUUGCAUGUGAUGUAUGCUUAUGUCCAUACACAUCACAUGGACAUUGUGGAGUCCUACACAACGGCGUUAUAGACCAUGCUGGUUCUGUUAAGAGGAUAGCUGAAGUGGCAUUGGCAUAUGCCAAAGCAGGAGCACAUAUAGUUGCCCCGUCAGAUAUGAUGGACAACAGGAUUAAGGCGAUAAAAGACGCGCUCUUCGAUAACAAAUUACAAAAUCAGGUUUCAGUGUUGUCAUACUCCUGCAAAUUUGCCUCGUCCAUGUAUGGGCCGUUCAGAGAUACUAUGAAGAGUUCUCCGAUGGCUGGAGAUAGAAAGUGUUACCAGCUGCCACCUGGCAGUUCCACUCUCGCCGCUCGAGCAGCUGCUCGAGACGUAGCCGAAGGUGCAGACUUCCUCAUGGUGAAACCUGGUCUUCCAUAUCUGGAUAUUGUGAGGCAGACGAAAGACAAAUACCCUAACCACCCUCUCUUUAUAUACCAGGUGUCUGGUGAGUAUGCCAUGAUCUCUCGCAGUGGAGAAGGUGAUGACAUGGAGACAGUACUGAUGGAGACGCUGCUAUGUAUGCGCAGAGCUGGUGCUGACUGCAUCAUAACUUACUUUGCGCCCUUGAUCCUAAAUAUUAUAUCGAUGAAGUAA